CCCGGCUGCGCAGACCCCCCCCAACACACACACACACACACACACACACACAGAGACAGACAUACCACCCCAGGAAACAGCCGGCUUGGGAGGGAAGGGGGGGGAGUCCUGGAGGCGCCCCUCGUCAUGCCUGGGGAAGCAGCGGGCCGGAAAGGCGCGGAGGCGACGGGGACGAAGAAGCCAGAUGGCUCCGGAAGCAUCUCCUCCGCCUCCUCCACGCCGAGCGGGGACGUCCACCCCGCCGGGCCGAUGUCUCUGGCCGUGACGCCUGACUCUUCCACCGACGUGUCGGCCUUCGUGCCGGCAAAGAAGGAAGACCGGCCCCAGCCCGAGGGGGCCAGUUGCGACGCCACUGCCGGCAACACGGCGGCCGGCGCGGGGACCCUGACCGAAUGUGGCCAGAGGAUGACGGAGCAGGCUCCCAAAUCCGGCAGGACCCGGCCGCAAAGUCUUGGCCCCUCUCCUCCGGGGACGGAUCCCCUGGACACGCGCAUCGUGAUGGGCGAGGAGACCCACGGCCUGGGGGCGGCGGAACAGGACGCUCCCGGGGCCAUGCCCGGCGAGGAGGCGAGCGACGUGGUGCAGCACGAAGGAUCGGUGGCUCCGGCGGCGUGCCAGGGUGCGCCUCUCUCUCCCGUCGCAAGAGACUUCGCUAACCGCCAUCCCUACGUCUCCGUGGCUCCGAAGGCCCAGGAGACAGCGGCGGCGGGAGUGUCUCCUCUCUCUCAGGAUGAGCCAAUGGCUGACGUGCCUUCCCCAACGCCCACACUGGCCAAAGACCUUGCCAAGGCCCCCUGUAGCCUCGACGCCGAGCUGUACGUCACGGCUCCCUCCACCCCGAUCCGGACGGUCUUCCCCUCUCUCAAGCAGGCCCCGUUCCCGAAAGACAGCCUGAGCGAGGAGCAGAACGACGUCGACAGCGAAGGCCUCGGCUCGCCGCCCACCUCGCCCUCGGGCUCCUACAUCACCGCCGAAGGAGGCAGUUGGACGUCGUCGGGCACCGCUAGCUCGUCGCCGUCCUGCUCGCCAAAUCUCCUAGCCGAGGCGGAAGCCGUCGCGCCCACCGCCGCUGCCGAGGAGGCCUCGCCGGAGCUGCACCUUCGCGAAGGGGAAGUCAAGCUCUCCGGCGGGACCUGCCCGCUCCUUGGGUACGAGGGCGUUUUCCGAGGGCUGUCCUUCAUGCCCUACCCGGUGGAGGAAGACGAGGGGGUUCCAUUGGAGGAAGAAGGCUGGCUCGGCCCAAGCGCGCUCCCGCCGAAAGCAGAGCAUCUCGCGUGGGACCCCAACGGCGACGAUUCCGAGGAUGACGCCGACCUCAGCCCCAGCCCUUUGGAGGACAGCGAGCGCGCGUCGCCUUUGUACGACGCAGAAGUCGGAGGUUUUGCCCAAAGAGGGUCCGGAGCGUGCCCCUUAGCUCGUCCUCUUACUGCCGUCUCGGGCCCGCCUCCUGAGCUUGGCGGUGUGUUGGGAGCCGAGGAGUCCUCGCGGGAGCUGGACCUUCGCGAAGGGGAAGCCAAGGUCUCCGGCGGGACCUGCCCGCUCCUUGGGUACGAGGGCGUUUUCCGAGGGCUGUCCUUCAUGCCCUACCCGGUGGAGGAAGACGAGGGGGUUCCAUUGGAGGAAGAAGGCUGGCUCGGCCAAAGCGCGCUCCCGCCGAAAGCGGAGCAUCUCGCGUGGGACCCCAACGGCGACGAUUCCGAGGAUGACGCCGACCUCAGCCCCAGCCCUUUGGAGGACAGUGAGCACGCGUCGCCUUUGUACGACGCAGAUGUCGGAGAUUUUGCCCAAAGAGGGUCUGGAGCGUGCCCCUUUGCUCGUCCUCUUACUGCCAUCUCGGGCCUUCCUUCUGAGCUGUUGGGAGUGGGCCCCGCCGAGGCGGGUGAACCUGCUGGCCUUCGCAGGCAGCCACCUGCGUCUCCUCUGGACGGUACGGAGACCGCCGAGAGCGAUCAGAUGAUUCCCGCUGUGUUUCUUCCCUUCCGGGGUAGCCUGCUUUUUGAGGCGGUGUCCAUGGAGAUCACGCUGUUCCCGCAGGGAGAAGUGGUGGAGAACGACGCCCUGUACGGGGCAGAAGAGGACGACAGCACCUCCGUGUCCUUCCUGCAUUCUCUCUCGGAAACGUCCCUCGACGAAGGCGUGGAUGAGACCUUCGCCUAUCCGGACGACACCUCGCCGUCCUCCGACUUGGCUUCCGAGGAGGGCGAGGACGAGAAGCGGCCGUACAGCGUUGAGCCGCACACUGGGGUCACCGAAAGAGUCGAGGCCAAAGAAGAAGACCUGGGGAGGGGGCCGUCUCACCCGGAGAGCGAGAGCGAGAUGGAGGUGUCCUCCGAGGCGUACGACGGGGAUGAGGAUACCGUUCGGGGAGCCGGUGAAGAACCCCCGCCGAGCACGGGAGAGGCCGAGGAGAAGAGCAUGCCUCAAGAGGACGAGUGGACGCAGGAGGAGGACCCGAGGACACCUCCAACAUCCUUUAGGCCAGAAAGCCGAGGUAGUACCUCCUCAAGGAACAGUUGUGUUUCUCCUCUGGGUCCAGGAGACGAGUCCCUGCUGGAGCCGACGUCUGAAGACUCGGCUUCCCCAACUCAGGAUGAAACGGAAGACGCGUCCCUCAAGGAGCUGGUCCCCGCCCACCUCUCUCUGACACAUCUGCCUCCCCCAGAUGUCCAGUCAACCCAGCUGGCAUUGGGAGGGGUGGCCGAGUGUGGGGAGUGUCUGAUUGCGUGCUUCGACACCGACGACGAGUUGGACAACCAGCCUCCGUUGACCCCCGAGGACUCUCCGUCGCUGGCUCCCUUCGCCGGAGAAUGGGUGGGCCAGGUUUCCGCUGCGUCGGUCAUCUCCCUGGGAUGGCACCACCCAGCGUGCCCAGUGGAGUUGGAAGAACUGGAGGCGGUGGACCACAAUGACCCCUCCAGCCUGGACAUGGGGGCGCGGCUGGAAGAGUCCGAGAAACGGCUGCUGGAGCUCUUGGAUCAAGACGGUGCCGCCGGCAGGAGCUCUGAGGACCUGGAGCAGGCGGAUGGAGCGACGUUGGAGGCUUCUUCCGAGAAGGAACCGCCCUUUGCGUCCUUCCUUCUUGAAUCUAAGGUGGCCCUUUUAGAGCAACCCGAAGUCAGCCGAGCGGACGCCGAGACAACCCAGGACAGCCUCCUGGUCUGUCUGGAGUCGGAAGACGAGCUGGAAGAAGCUUCCUCUCUUGACCAGCUCAACAACACCGAGGAGCGGGCGAUGGCGGCGUUCUCCGAGGCGAAAUCUGACUCUCUCCUGGCGUUGAGCCACACGCCGGAGAACGUCCUCGUGGAAGACAACGGGGUCCUUCUAGAUGCCUCGGGACCCGUGCCUCCAGAAUCUCCUCUGGACGUUGAGGAAGCGGCCGAAUUGCAGAACUGGAGUCUGUGCGGAACCCAGAGUAGCUCAAUAGAUCCAGAGAUAGAGGACUACACCGGACACUCUUCCAGUGAAGAAGUGGUGGUAGAUGACAUCGCCGCUCCUAACCUUUCGGAACUCUGCUUGGAGACGGGCGAAACCGAAACGCUCAAUGGGAGGGAGACUCGGGAUGGUGAGCGUUACCUCACGCCAGCACAGGUAGAAACCGGCAGCCAUUCUGGCGAAGCUCGGGAUGGUGAGCGUUAUCUCACGCCAGCACAGGUAGAAACGGGCAGCCAUGCUGGCGACGUUUCAGAAGAAGACCCCGAGAAGGUCGAGGAACCAUUGGAUCUGUCCAGAGAAGAGUUGGUUGACGCCGAGGAGAACCCACCGAACGUGGUGGGAGUGGUAGAGGAGCCCGAGCGAGGGUUAUACGAGGAGGGUCACGCUGGCCCAAACUGGGGAACGCCGUUGGAAGAAGAUGCAUCCGAACCCGAGAGUGAGGAAGGCAGCAAUGCGGACGUCGGGGCUGAAAUCCCACCAGCGGAAGACCUCCAGGCGGACUCCAGUUGCUUCUCAGCAGACGCCGUGCCGCAGUUAGAAUCGGAAGGCUCGGCGACCGAGCAAGGAGACGCUCACAAUUUAGCAAGUCAGAGAGACAGUAACAUGAACGUACUAUGGGACAACGAAGCGGAGGCCAUCUUGAGCAGUACAGACCCUACUGGCGCUCCGGACGUGUUUGCAACCUCCGAGGAAACCACGGGUCCCCGAGAAGAGGUUGGUGAAACCAUUGAGCAAGUUGACUCGGAAGAGAGAGAAGAGCCCGUUGAACGUCCGCAAGUGGAGAACGCGCCGACUCCAGAACUUCGCGGCGCCGAGGUGACUCUUCAGCAAGGAACCCAAGCUCUGAAGGACGGAGAAGGGGCAGAAUCGGUUGAGUCUCCACACGAUGUGGGUGAUGGCCGUCUUUUGGACACCAAGACUGGGAUGGUUGAGGCCGUCCCAGGCGUUUUUCCAGUAGAACACGUCGACCAAACGCUCUCCGGGACCAGCGAUGAUGUUCUUCUACGUGAGGAACACCCAGAGGUUCAGAAGAAGACUUUUGCUGAAGCCCUCAUUCAGGGUCUCCUUCCUAUUUUGGAAACUCGGCACCCUCGGCUGGAAGGAGAGGCGGACGCUCCCCUGUUUUCUCCGGACACAUUGGAGGGGUCUUACUCUCACCUGGAGUCCAGCUUCUUGACGGCUCCUGAGGAGGUCUCCAAUGAAACCACCCUCUUGGCUCCUUCAGAUUCUGGAAGAGAAGAGUUUGUGACCCCCAAUCAAACGUGGGGGAGUCCAAAUGUGCUUGUGGAGGAGAGUCCUUCUCCACAAGACCUGGAGGCGGUGACGGCAGAGUUGGAGAAUCUGAUGGUUGAGGUGGAGAACGUUGACUCCGAAGGCCUGGAGACUCCACCACAUGGUUCUCCCCAGCAGAGCAUGGCUGUGUGUCUGCAUUAUAAUGUCCUUGCCCAGACCCCUGUGGUCACCUCCCGGCCUGCCGCCAAGCCAAGGGAUGCGUCUCCGGAACUUCGGCGUCAUCAACAGAUCUUCUUAGCUUCUGAAGACGAGAUAUAUUUGAGCGAUUUUCAUGAAACUCAGGAUAGACACGUCGAGGUGGAGCAGGCUGAAGCUGACGAGGAUCUGACCACAGCUGGUCCCGAAACUUCCACCCCCACCGUCCCUAACCAGCGUCAACCAACCGGUGCCUUGUUUCAAACCGAUGGUGGAUCCACGCUAUCUCCUCGGGCUCUUGAAGACCAUCAACAGGUCAGCAGUAUGCUGCAAGGCUCUUUCGGAAACCUGGAGGAGCGACGCGUGGAGGCCGCGCAUCUCAUCAGUAGCCUUCUGGUAGCGGAAGCGCAGCAUCUUCUCGGCAGCCUGAAAGAGAACGUCCUGGAGAGCUUCUGUGGAGACCACCUAGAAGAAGCGGUGGAAGCGAAACGUUCUGAAGAACUCGAAGGCGCGAGGACGCUCGGGCAGGAAGUGGCGGAGGAUCGCGAACUAAGCGCCGGGCCGUCUUGCGAGGAAGCCAAAGCUGAAGACCAAGCAGAGGUGGCGGCAGAGGGUGGAACGGGAGAAGUCCUCCCCGUAUCGGAAGCGACCCACGGGGAGGACGCUCUACUGCAAGGUUCUUCCCCCAACAAAGCCACCCAACUUGACGUGGAAGACGUCGCCUCUGCCUCGGAGGAAGAGGCGGCGGACGUCAGGGAUGGGAGCCCACCUCAAAGUUCUCCAGAAGAUCUCCGAAGGCCAGAAGCCAGUCGGAUGGCCGACGAGAAGAUCACGGAAGCGUUGGAGGGGGUGGACCAGGAGGAUUCCUCUUCUGAAGAGGCCUCGUCGUCUCGGGAUUCUCCCGUUCCUCCGGCUUCCCCUUCCGGUGGAACCUCGUCGCCAGAGACACGUGGUGGUCCCUCAAAACGACCCUCGUCCCCUGCCCUGGAGGAGGCUCGCGUCGCCCCGCCUCCUGCUCCGACGUCGCAGUUCCCAGAAGUGCCUCCUGUUUUCUCCUUGAUUCUCCCACCGUCACCUCCUUCCGAGGGUCCCGCCCAAGGCCCGUCAGCUACCUCGCGACUCGCUCCUUCGACCGCCGGUCCUUGUGCGGAACACACGCCUGCCAAAGAGACGUUCCUGCGAGACGCCCCCAAACUUCCGGUGGAAGCCCUCCAGACCGACAGCUCUCCGAUGCCCGGCCACCCUCCCCAACUUCCCGGCGCCAAAGAUGCCCGUGGGCGGAACCCGUUGCCCGGCCACCGAGAUUCCCGCGCCAAGUAUUUGGGCACGGCGCGGGAGAAGCGAGGCUCCCGGGGCUCCUUCCCGCCGGCGUCGAGUUCGAGCGAGGAGAGGGAGCUGGAGACGCUCCGCGAGGCGGGCAUGAUGCUGUUGGACGAGAAGACGGCCCUGGUGGGGAAGCGGGUCCAGGACGUCAACCACGAAGGAUCUUCCAACGAUUCGGAAAGCAAUGAAGGAUCCUUGCCGGAAUUGGAAGAGCCGAACGUUCCAGUACCACGGACAGCUCCCACGGCGCAGAGUCAGCUCACCCACUCCCUGGGGACCGGCGAAGAGUCCAUUAGCAAGGCCAAGCAAAGCCGGAGCGAGAAGAAAGCACGGAAGGCCAUGUCCAAGCUGGGCCUGCGCCAAAUCCACGGCGUGACCAGGAUCACCAUCCGCAAAUCCAAGAACAUCUUGUUUGUCAUCACCAAGCCGGAUGUCUUCAAAAGCCCCGCCUCGGAUAUCUACAUCGUCUUUGGAGAAGCCAAGAUCGAAGACCUCUCUCAACAGGUCCACAAAGCCGCGGCGGAGAAGUUCAAAGUUCCGGUGGAGCACUCGCCCUUGAUCACCGAAGCAGCCCCGGCCCUGACCAUCAAGGAGGAGAGUGAGGAAGAGGAGGAGGUGGACGAAACGGGCCUGGAGGUGAGGGACAUUGAGCUGGUGAUGGCUCAGGCCAACGUCUCCCGCGCAAAAGCCGUCCGAGCCCUUCGGCACAACAACAACGAUAUCGUCAACGCCAUCAUGGAGCUGACCAUGUAGUGACCGGUGGGGGGACGCCCACCCACACACCCCCUCCGACACCGCCCCGCCAGGCUCUGUCCCCCCUCCCUCCCUCCCCCCCACUUCUGUAUAGAUGCCCACUCGCCCAUAGCCAAGGCAGCCAGCUCUGCUUUCUUGGGACUUGCAAAGACUUUACUCCCGAUUCUUCUACACCAAGGAUGCUCUCGCUCAAUAAACGGUAUAUUCACUCCCGCUUCAACCUC